GUGGAUGCGGACGCAGAGCUGGGUCUCUUUCCUUCGUUUGACUGAAGAUCGCUGGUUUUUUAGCUGCUCCUUUGGUUCGUGGUGAACAGCUGCUUGAGUGCAGCCUGAUCGAGAUGAAUUCUCUGAGUGGAAGUCGUUGUUAGGUUACCUGAACUAAAAGCAGCUGUUGCUGUGAGUCUUCAGGUCAACCCGCUCAGGAAAGUUGGACAUUGCGCCAAGUUACUUGAUAACGCCUCUUUUCUUAAAUCACAGCGUCGAUGAUGUUGAAAAGCAGAUGUAAGAAAAGCUCGGUGAGCAGCGGACUGCAGUCCAACAUUUCUACCUUUUUCUUCUCAAAGGUGGCUCCAAAAUCCCCAAAAGGAGGUACAGCCUUGCGUUCAGUUGCAAGUAUAGCUGAUGUGGUGAUGACGCGUACCAAGGAAAAUGCAAGCGUCCCGCUUUCCCCCUUCACCAUACCAGAGACCCCUGAAGGUCAGACAAAAUCGCAGUGUCCAGCACGGACGUCCCCAGAUGGUCCAAGCUCCCCUGUCUCUCGAAGUCCACGUUCCCGAGGCUUUGGCUGUAAGGCUAACCUGAUGGGCAGCAGGUCAAUGCAGCCACAGGACAAGACGAGCCCAAAAUCCGGAGACACUUUUACAGCAAAGAAUGGUUUUGGUCAUUUUGGCUCUGUGAAAAGAUUAAUGCAUGGUUCAGAGAACCUCCAUAAAGCCAAGCGCCUUAGAACCAGGCCGCCUCUGAAGGAUCCUGAGAAAGACCUGAGCUCACCAGGAGAUGACCUGAAUAAAUUCCUCCAAAUCAUUCGUGAGUCUACUGAUGUAAAAGAUGACACUUCACAGAAAGGCUGCUUAAAGUCUAUUGAGAAGAAGUCUGACAAAGCUGAGAAGAUUGUUUCUCAGAAGACCAUAUUGGGAUCAAAGUUGUCUGAAAUAAAUAUAGGAACGACGAUGUCAGAGAAGUCAUUUCGUGCUGCAGGGCCAACAUCAAAACUCUCAAAAGCCAGCAAUCGUCAUAAAAGUAGCUCAAGUGAAGAUGAGAAAGAGAACGCAUUUCCUCUCAACAAAGAAACAAAGACACAUGUGUCUGAACUGUCAGGAGACACUCAGUGUGAUCUUGUGGUGUCGUACAGUUCAUGGAUACGUAAUAAUGAGAAGGCUGUUUUCAGUUGUCCAGUCAAUGAGAAGAAAUCCUUCAGUGGACUUGUUGAAGAUCAAGUGAAAAACCUUGCUGACAAUGAAAAGGUGCUCUCAGUCUCUGAGGAGAACUUUGGUGUUUUGGAGGACAGCUGGUUUGAUGAUGGGAUGGAGCAAAGCUUUGGAGAGCCAAAACACCAAAUAUCAAAACUUGAAAAAAGGAUUCCAGAACAUGCUGUACUUUCUGGAGGACUUUAUAACCGGUACUGGGUUCUAGAUGUGAAAGAAACUACUGGAUAUCAAGGCUGCACUGAGAAACAUUUAACCAUCACCUUUUCAAGGACUGCACAGUCCACAGAGACAUGCAUCCUGAAAGAUGGAUGGGAAACCACUCAAGUUGCUGUGGGGGACAUAAUUCACUUGGAAGGGGAGAACAUGUCUGGCAUGUGGGUGAUCGACAGGAACUCUGGUUACCUGGUGCUGCUGCCUGAUUUGCUUAUCUCUGGGACCAGCAUUGCUAGCAGUAUCCGCUGCAUGAGAAGAGCUGUACUUGGAGAAAUGUUUAAGACCUUUGAUGGUGGCAGCAAGCAGAUGCUGAAUGGAACCAUAGUUCAUGACAUCUUCCAAAAAGCUGCUAUGUCUUUGGACUUCUCACCAGAGACACUAGAGAAACUUGCCAGUGAAGCACUGCUCAACCCCAACUACCUUGGACAAAUGUACAGUUUGAAACUGACUCAAGCAGAUAUGAAGGGGGAGGUAGAAGAAUAUCUUCCUGCUUUGUCUGGAUGGGCAAAUGACUACCUCCACACGUCUGCACUAGCAGGGCAGAAACAACUGACUCUUAAGCUUCCUAGUGAUGGGUCCUUGAGCCGCCAGGACUCAGCUUGCAGUGUCACUGUCACUGACUUUGUUGACAUUGAGGAGAAUAUCUGGUCUCCACGGUUUGGUCUGAAGGGAAAGAUUGAUGUGACUGCAGAGGUGAGGAUCCACCGACGUGGCAGGAAGCACACGGAGAAGGUUGUGCCUUUGGAGCUGAAGACUGGAAAGGAGUCCAACUCCAUUGAGCAUCGCAGUCAGGUCAUCUUGUAUACUCUCAUGAGUUCGGAGAGACGGGUAGAUGCCGAGGCAGGUUUUCUUGUCUACUUGAAGACUGGCAAUCUACAUCCUAUAGUGGGUAACCACAUGGACAGAAGAGAACUGAUCAAACUGAGGAACACGCUGGCUCAUCAUCUUGGUAAGAGCAUUGUCAGGGUGGAGGGCAAAAGCCAAAUGGCACCCUUACCAACCGUCAUCUCUGACCAGCAGACCUGCAAAUACUGCCCUCAGAGGAGAAACUGUGCAGUUUACAACAGAGCUGCGGAAAGGGCUCCAGGUGAAUGUCCGCCUGAGGAUUCUCAGGCAUUUCUGCAGUUGGAGAGUGAACAUCUUAGCCAACUCCACUUGCAGUACUUCAACCACUGGCUGCUGCUCUGCAACCUGGAGGCCCACACUGUGGAGAACAAGGGAAGCCGACGCAACAUCUGGUUGCAGUCUGCUCAGGAGAGGGAGAAGAAUGGUGGCUGCAUGGGAGAUAUGGUGCUAGUAGACAGCGUGACGACUCUCUCCAAUGGUGUGUAUGUACACCACUUUGAACGCAGGGACGGAGAGCAUGCUCUCAUUGGUCUCAUUGUUGGGGACAGAGUUGCAGUCAGUGACCAGGACUCCAGGUUCAUUGGUUUAACCACAGGAUAUGUCACUGCAAUAACCAGUACAAGAGUGACCUGUUCUCUGGAUAAGAACCUCUCCAAAUAUUCCUCAAAUAUGGUGUUCCGUCUGGACCAUGAUGAGGGUGUAGGAGGGUUGAGCACUCAUCUGGGAAACCUGGCUAUGCUAAUGGAAAACACUCCGACCAGUGAGAGGCUAAGGCAGCUGAUUGUGGAGUACAGGCCACCCCAGUUUAUCGAUAGCCUCAGCAGUGUGCUGCCACGAGAUGCCAAAGACACCGUAGCCAACAUUCUAAAAGGGCUCAACAAGCCUCAAAAGCAAGCCAUGAAAAAGGUGCUCUUGUCCAAAGACUACACACUUAUAGUAGGAAUGCCUGGCACUGGAAAGACUACCACCAUUUGUACCCUAGUGCGAAUUCUGCAUGCUUGUGGCUUCAGUGUGCUCUUGACCAGUUACACACACUCUGCAGUGGACAACAUCCUGCUGAAGCUGAAGAAGUUUAAGAUCAGUUUCCUGCGCCUGGGCCGAGUUCAGAAAGUGCACCGGGACAUCCUGCCCUUCACUGAGGAGCAGAGUCGGUCAAGGGGCAUUCAUACACUUGAGCAGCUGGAGAACCUCUACAACAAAGAGCUUAUUGUGGCCACUACAUGUAUGGGCGUGAAACACCCAAUCUUCAGCAGACGACGCUUUGACUUUUGCAUUGUGGACGAGGCGUCUCAGAUCAGCCAGCCUGUGUGCCUGGGUCCGCUCUUUUAUGCUCAGCGCUUUGUUCUUGUGGGAGAUCACCAGCAGCUGCCUCCCAUUGUCCAGAAUGCUGAAGCCAGGGCUCUGGGCAUGGAUGAGAGCUUGUUUAAGCGUCUUGAGCGCCAUAAGGAGGCUGUGGUUCAGCUGAUUGUGCAGUACAGGAUGAACAGUGUAAUCAUGUCCCUGAGCAACGCCCUGAUGUAUGAGGGCAGGCUGGAGUGUGGGUCGGAGCGGACAGCCUCUGCAUUGCUGCAGGUGCCCUACAGGGAGACAGUACUGAGGGAGCUGGAGCUGUAUGUGUGUCAGCCUCAGUACAGCACCUGGGUCCAAGCUGUAUUGGAGCCACAAAAUCCUGUCUGUUUCCUGGACACUUCAGAGGUUCCUGCCUCAGAGACAGUGGAGAAAGGUGGAGUCAGUAAUCGUACGGAGGCCAUCUUGGUGCAUGCUCUCAUCAGCCUGCUGCUAAAGGCCGGCUGCAAGGUGGGUGACAUCGGUGUUAUUGCUCCAUACCGGCAACAACUGAAGGCCAUCUCUAAUCUGCUGGAGAAAGCAGAGUUCAAAGCUGUGGAGGUGAACACCGUUGACAAGUACCAGGGCAGAGACAAGAGCAUCAUUAUCGUGUCUUUUGUUAGGAGCCACCCAGAGGGCAAUCUGGGGGAACUGUUGAAAGACUGGCGCAGGCUGAAUGUGGCCAUCACCAGAGCCAAACACAAGCUACUGAUGCUGGGGUCUGCACCCACCCUGCGCCUUUACGCUCCACUGGAGAAACUCCUCACCCACAUGCAGCAGGAGAACAUGAUCUACCAGCUACCACCUGCUGCUCAUGAGGCACUGCCAGCAAUCAACCUGCGCUAAUGAGCCUCUCAGAAAGCAUGAAGCGAAUGUUCUGCAUUCUACCUCUCAGACUCUGUAAGCAGGGUACCGUUCAGUGUGAAACACCUGUCCAUACAUUUCUUUGGUACAUGACUCACAAGCACAGUGAAAACAGUGAAAGGAAAUACGUACAGUCACCAGAAAUGAAGGAAGG